GUACCAACCGACGCACUUUCGUCUGCCGGAGAAAAUUUAAAGAGCAAUCGGAUUGUGAAAUUAGUGGAUUUAAUGAGUAGACACUUCAAUAAUCACGACAUAAAUGACUGACAAGGCGGUGAGGAUUUAGUUGAGUGAAUCGAUUGGUCAGGCUGGACUCAGCUGAGCCGCUUAUCCAAGUGACGCUCGCUGGUUACUGUCAAAUUGCUACUUCCACUCAAUCCGAUUAAUUGUAAAUACCUCAAUGAAACAUAACUGCCUUUAAUUCUAAUAAAAGACAUCAUUUUUUCCCCGUGCAAACCGUAAAUCUUCCGUGUUUGUUCGUUAUUUUAGCAUCUUUUAAGUUUAUUUUUGACGCCAUGAAACGGCAGACUCUAGGACCCGGGAGCUGAUUCAAGAGCGGCCGGGUCCCAUAUCCCGGAAGUAACAAGAGAAGGUUGCAGGUGACAUUUACCGGCGUUUUCAGCCAAUGGCUGCUGUGAUCGCUCUUGGCUCCCGGUGAUACCGAGUCACCCGAUAUGGUCCUCUUGAAGGCAGGUUCUUCAUCAAGACCAAUUUCGCCGGUUUAGCGUUCAUUUCUUCCUACAGUCGCUCAACUCUGGUUUCAUCCUGUGCUGUCGUCGGCAACAUGCUGCUGUCUCACUGGGAACUGUGGAAGCAUUACUGGGACUGUGUCUCCAGACCAGACACGGUGCUCAUCUGCUCGCUCACGGCCGUGCUCUGCUACCUGUGGGGCCGCAAGAGUCAGGCGCCGGCUCUUGUAUGCAGCAAGUCAUUCGCUGGGUUUUUGCAACAGCACUGUCCCGUGGUCUGCGAGACCUUCAGUCCAACGGCGUGGUGCUGGGGCGGUCGACUUCAAACCCUCGUCUAUGCUCUAAUAAAGUCCAGACCUGCCGUCACAUAUCGCAAUGAGCGGAUCCCUACCCCUGAUGGUGGCCAGGUGACUCUGGACUGGGUGGACAACGACCCAAGCGAGGCCUUCCCAGACCCCCUCACCCGACCCACGGUGCUGAUACUUCCGGGUCUGACUGGGAACAGGGAGCAGUCUUACGUGCGUCACACAAUUCACCAGGCGACUCGUCACGGUUACAGAUGUGUCGUCUUCACCAACAGAGGGUUUGGUGGCGAGGAGCUUCUUACGCCUCUCACCUUCUGUGCCUCCAACACUUCAGACUUGGAGUGUGUUGUCAAGCAUGUGAAAGGACAUUACCCACAAGCCCCGCUUCUUGGAGUUGGAGUGUCUUUAGGAGGGAUGCUGCUGUUGAACUACUUGGCUCGGAAGCGCUCGGACUCGGGAAUGGUGGCUGGAUUCACCAUCUCCGUGCCGUGGGACACGCACAAGUCGGCAGAGUCCAUGGAGGAGCCGCUCAACUGCUUCAUCUUUAACAAAUACCUCACCAACAACUUGCGCCGAUGCGUGCGCAGGCACCGGAAGGUUCUGGAAAAAGUUGUGGAUGUCGAUCACGUCAUGAAGGCACGAACCAUCCGGGAGUUCGACGAGCGCUUCACCUCCCAUCUCUUUGGCUACAAGUCUUGUGUGGAUUACUACGACGAUGCCAGCCCAGACAAGAAACUCCCGAACACAACCGUCCCCAUCUUAUGUCUGAAUGCAGCUGAUGACCCAUUCUCCCCGCAACGUGCGUUUCCUCUAACCAUCGUCCAGAACCUGCCCAACGUGGCCUUGCUGCUGACGGCCCACGGGGGACACAUCGCCUUCCUGGAGGGCUUCUUCCCGCGCGGAGAGAGUUUCAUGGAGCGACUGCUCGGCCAGUUCAUCCACGCCGUCUUCCAACACCCGCGUGACAUCCAGGCAGCCUGCAGUAUCAAGAAGGAGUAGCGGCUCCACCGCGCCGGGGAACCACUUUCCAUGGAUGAAGUCCUCGCUUUGGCUGAAACGACCACGUGACUCUACCUCAUCGGCUUGACUCAGGUUCAACAUGCUGCCUGAACUGAAACGUAUCGCACACAGUACAAUGUCUCACGCUUCGCUGCUGAGGAAUGUUUAGCUGGAGCUGAGCCAGAAAGCUGGUUAGCUCAGUGUGAGCUCUUGGGCCAGAGCCUUGGCGCCGCAUGCUGAUUCAUUGCAAGUUACUUCCAAUAGCUUCAGACCAAACCACUUCCUGGGUCUGCACCAAUCACGUGAGCAGCUCGUGUCUCCGUCAGUUCCUCAAACAGGGGUCCAACCAUGAGAACCAGUCCAUCACUCGUGAAAACAUGUAUGAACCUGUGAACUUUAUUACAACUGCCUGUGAACCGUCUGUGCCGGCAGCUUUUCUCAGACGCCAGCAACCCUCUGCAUCCAAGCUCCGCCUUCAUAUGUCCAACAGGAUUAUAAACAAAGUCUUAGAUCGUGUGUAAGCUAGCAAUGACUUUUGCAUCAUGAAGGAUUAGUCGGACAGUAGAAGGUGAAUGUAAAUGGAUCAUUCUUGAUUCACAUGGGAGCCACUUGAAUACCUGAACAGCGAAUGUGAACUGCUUUUUUUAUUGUUUCUUUGGUGUUAAUGCAGUUUUACUCGUGUUCUUAUCAGGUGAAGUCGAUCAAGGAUGUUGAAGUUUAAACAGCCCAAAAGAAGUUACUCAUUUUACCUUCAGCCUUCAGGUUCUCUGUGGAUUCUCAUCUAGUUCAAGUGGCAGAAGUGAAGCCUUAUAUCUGUUUAUUAAGGAUAUUUAUUUAUGUUUUAACAUUUCACUGUAAUGAUUUAUAGUGACAGGUCCUCCGUCCAUCGCAGGGGAGAUAUAGAUGGGCAACCGCUCACACCUUACUUUUCACCCUUUCUCACUGUCAAGGUUCCAAAUGGUUCUCCCCCACCUGUGUGUGAUUCUGUCUCUAGCGCUUUUAAAUUUGAAUCCCUUCUUCUGGCGGGUUCCCUGUGAUGUCGCUAUCUUCUGAUUGGUCAGUGGAGUGGCGCGUCACCACCACCAAUGGGAGCCAGGGACUUGAACCGCCAUAUUUAAAAUCUUGAAACAGCACCUCGACCUUGAAGAGUAGGACUAAAACCUCUAAUGGAAGGGGGAGAAAACUGGAGUACCUAGUGGGAAAUCAUUCCAACAGAAACAGUGGAAAUUCCACUGAGAGGGAAACAAAGUUAGUACUGCCUCAAGCUAGAUUUGAACCUGCGACCUUCAUUUGAAGAAUUAAUACCACAUGACUGUCUGUGAGCACAAACUAGUUUAGUUUUAACACAUCACUUAAAUAGAAUUAACUGUUCUUUUUAAUGGUUGGAUAAUAGCUAGGGGGGAAAGAUACAUUUAACUGUGCAGGAUAAUCAUGUUAAUGUUAAUAUUCAAGUUGUAAUGUUUGUGAAAAUAAAUAAACCAGACUAAGUUAUUUAGACUAAAUACAGGCAGUGAAUGCAUCAAUGCAAAAGUGCUUUAGAUUAAAUUGAUCCGUGUCAAGAGUUGUCGUGAGGGUAGUUUAAUUUCAGUCAUUUUUAGGCGGAAAUUUUAUGUGAAAUCACCCACACAGUUUGUUGUGUUCUGAUGACUGUCCACACACAAACACACACCAGAUCUGUGCUGUACUUUUGAGCAGGCCUUAACUGUUGUACUGAGGUGUUCAGUUACGUCAGCGCUCAUGUUGUGGUGUAGAGUUGGAUUCAUGCUUGUGUGAAU